AUCGCGCCGACGUACAGGAAGUGGCAGCAGUCGCGUCCUGCGGGGUUCCGCUCACUGGCACUUUAACUUCAAGACGAGCGACCGCGUACUUGUCACUCAGCCCUUUGACGACCUCUUGUCACAUUUUCGCCCGAAUGGCUUAUCCGGGAUACGGCGGGUAUGGAGCACCAGGUAUGCCACCUCAGGGGAUGCCACCUCCUGGAAUGCCAGGAGGACCAAUGGGAGCCCCUAUGGGACCAAUGGGAGGUGCACCGCCCCAGGGAGGGUAUCCCCCAUACGGUGGAGGCUAUCCAAUGAACUACGGCGCUCCACAGGCAGCUGCUAAUGAUCCGAUGUGGGGUUAUUUUACUGCCAUCGCUGGCCAGGAUGGUGAGAUUGAUGCAGAGGAACUUCAGAGGUGUCUAACUCAGUCUGGUAUUACUGGCAGCUACACACCAUUCAGCUUGGAAACAUGCAGGAUCAUGAUUGCAAUGCUGGAUAGAGAUUAUACUGGCAAGAUGGGUUUCAACGAGUUCAAAGAGCUGUUUGGCGCUCUGAACAGCUGGAAGUCAAACUUCAUGAUGUUCGACCAGGACAGGAGCGGCACCGUGGAACCUCAUGAGAUGUCCCAGGCCGUCAACGCGAUGGGCUACAGGAUCAGUCAACAGGCUGUGAAUGGAAUCAUUAAGCGCUACAGCAAAGGUGGAAGAGUCUUCUUCGAUGACUACGUGGCCUGUUGUGUGAAACUCAGGGCUCUCACAGAAAACUUCAGACGGAGAGACACUAUGCAGCAGGGAGCCGUCACCUUCCAAUACGACGACUUUGUCCAGUGUACAAUGUCCAUUUAAGUGCUGCUGUCUCCUGUACCGUAAGAUCAGGGCAUUUAACUAACCAAUCCCUGGUGGUGUCUGGACCACCGCCUCAGAGGAAUUGCAGACGGAGGCCAAAUUUAUUACUGAAUCGUGUCUGAGCCACGGCGGGAAAGUACCCAUUGCUUGUUUGCUUGCUGCAACGCUUAAUUCUUAAAUGCCGCACAUGGAUGUGCCGAACAUGUAUCAGAUGUCAAGAGACACUGCUAGAAGUACCUGCUUGCAAAAGCGAAGAGUUUUCUUCCAAAAUCUGAGUUGUGUUGCCUCACGAGCUAGACCAUAACUGAACGUAGAUCACAUUGAUGUUUUCGGUGAGGUCGGACCCGACCUCCCUCGAAAUGAGAGUAAUUCGAGAAAGGUGUGCACAUUCAAAAGGGAAGACGUGCCAAUCACAUAUUUGGAAACUGAUCCAAGAGGACUUUGUAAUUGGGGCCUGACACAGCAGAAGGCAGUCGUAUACAACAAUGAUUUACAUGACGGGCACAACAGUCAAUCAUGCGAGGGUUGUCUGUUAACGUGGACAUCACCGGGCUGUCACAUUUACCACGUUGUCUCUGUCACUAUUGUCGGUCACUGCCGAGUCGCGUUCCGACUCGGAGACACAGUCCCCCGAGAGAUCAACGCUGUCGGGCUGCUGUCGCGAUUGGCCUGGCUUGUGAGGCUACUAGUGAUUUAUUUUAAAGGGAAAGAACAGUGAAUUAGCUGACAAUUAGUAUGUGUAAAAUGGAAAGUCAGUGUCGUGUUAUCAGCCAACUAAGGACUUGAGCUCUGUGCCGUCCUUGGAAAAAGUGGUUUUGUUUGGGUACCGUCGUCGGUGAAGGGGGCAGUUUUUUUUUACUGGUGGAUUGAAAUCAUUUUGGAAUUAAACUCUUCCGCUGCUAGUGCUAAGUGAACUGGUUAUUUGUAUUAGGAUAUAGAUAAAGGGUUAUUAGGAGGGUGUGGUUUCCGUGACAUGCCUAUUGUGCCAUUAUAAUCUAUGAAUGUAUGGUCUGUAUAUUAAAACCACUGAUAUUUAACUUAAAAGUAACGAUAACACCACUUAGAACAGAUAACACGUUGAAAUUAACUUCACACUGAACACCUUCUAAUCUACGACUGAUGCAUUUCUGAUCGCUGACGACUGCCUUUUCACACGUACGUUCAAUAUGCACCCCUAUAUGUAUUCUGUACAGUACCAUCCCUUUGUUUUACCCGAGUGGGGAAAAAAAUCAACAUCUGUGUCGGAUUACCUUCACAAAAUGCAAUCUAAAACUGUGCUGUAUUUACCAAAUUAGAUUGUUUGCAAAUAUGCACGAGAUUAUUCAGCCAAGGGGUCAGCCGAACAUCCAGUUGACACAGAUAUGCACUGCUAAUCAUUAUUAAGGAGGUCCAGAGGCACGCUGUCGUCUAGCUGCAUCCCUGUCGUUUGCGGAGUGCUAGAAAAAACAACGUGUUUUAAGGACAUGACAACUCGCACCCUCACAUUUCAGGACGAACUUGGCCAAGAGCUUUCAGUGUUUAGAUUGCAAAGAAUUUAACCUCAAAUGAUCAUAUUUUGUUAUUGACAAUAAACUCAUUUUUAUAUUCAG